AAUUAUCUAUCCUCCUAUUCUUCCUCCAACUGUGAAAAGCUGAAUAAAUAGAAGCAAUUUAUGAAGUGAACAAAUCCAAUCUCUCUCGUAUCCCUCUCAAUCGGAAUUGGCUUCCAUUCGCAAAUCACGAAACACAAAACCAAGAUGGAGAAAGCGAUCAACAGACAGAAGAUUCUGCUUCACCAUCUCAACCCUUCUUCAUCAAUUAAUCCCAAUGAUUCAUCCUCCCUCUAUGCUUCUGCAUGUUUGGCGGGAGAUAGUGCUGCUUAUCAAAGGACAUCUUCAUUUUGGGAUGAUGUCGUGAUUGUGGCUGCAUAUCGGACUCCACUUUGCAAAUCCAAACGUGGUGGUUUCAAAGACACUCUUGCUGAUGAUCUACUGGCUCCUGUUUUGAAGGCUGUCCUAGAGAAAACCAGCUUGAACCCUGGUGAAGUUGGUGACAUUGUGGUGGGUACUGUAUUGGCACCUGGAUCUCAGAGAGCUAGUGAAUGCCGAAUGGCUGCAUUUUAUGCUGGCUUUCCUGAAACUGUGCCUGUUAGGACAGUUAAUAGGCAAUGUUCUUCUGGGCUCCAAGCUGUUGCUGAUGUAGCUGCAGCUAUAAAAGCUGGAUUCUAUGACAUUGGUAUUGGUGCUGGUUUGGAAUCUAUGACAAGUAAUCCCAUGGGAUGGGAAGGAUCAGUGAAUCCUAAAGUAAAAUUGUUUGAACAAGCCCAAAAUUGUCUUCUUCCUAUGGGGAUUACCUCUGAAAAUGUUGCACAUCGCUUUGGGGUUUCAAGGAAGGAACAAGAUCAGGCUGCAGUCGAGUCUCACAGGCGAGCUGCUGCUGCUACUGCUUCUGGCAAAUUUAAAGAUGAAAUUAUUCCAGUUUCCACCAAGAUUGUGGACCCAAAAACAGGUGAGGAGAAAUCUGUCACGAUUUCUGUUGAUGAUGGAAUUCGACCUAGCACAACAUUGUCUGAUCUAGGGAAGCUUAAACCUGUGUUCAAGAAAGAUGGAAGCACUACUGCUGGUAAUUCUAGCCAGGUGACUGAUGGUGCAGCAGCUGUUCUGUUGAUGAAAAGAAGUGUUGCAGUGCAAAAGGGGCUACCCAUUCUUGGUGUAUUCAGGACUUUCUCCGCAGUUGGUGUUGAUCCUGCUAUCAUGGGCGUUGGCCCAGCUGCUGCAAUUCCUGUUGCUGUGAAGGCUGCAGGUCUAGAGCUUGAUGAUAUUGAUCUUUUUGAAAUAAAUGAGGCAUUUGCUUCCCAGUUUGUGUAUUGCCGUAACAAGCUAGGGCUUGAUCCAGAAAAGGUCAAUGUUAAUGGAGGUGCAAUGGCAAUUGGACAUCCUCUGGGUGCAACAGGUGCUCGAUGUGUAGCAACUCUGUUGCAUGAGAUGAAGAAACGUGGUAGGGACUGUCGAUUUGGAGUUAUAUCCAUGUGCAUAGGUACUGGAAUGGGAGCAGCUGCUGUUUUUGAGAGUGGUGAUUGUGCUGAUGAGCUACACAAUGCCCGAAAAGUGGAGCAUCUUCAUUUAUCCAAGGAUGCUCGCUAGAACUAGUUACUUCAUACUCACUUUGUUUGGUCAUCCAUUAAGAAUUCAAAAUAAAGCUUUGUUCUAUGAUAGUGAAAAUGUCAAUCACUGGUCAAGAUUUUUAUCCUUUUUAUAUUGUUCUAUUCAUAUUAAACUUGCAUUAGUUUGAGUUAUUUUUGUCUUUGACCUUACCAGCAGAGACUGUUGAGUGGAAAAUAUUGUAUCUAAGAAAAGACUUUUGAAUAAGCAUAAUUACUAAUAAAAGGUAGAUAGAUGUCAAAAAUUUAUAUUGUAUUCAAAACAUACCUAC